GCGGGGCUUACGGCGACAAGGCGUCCUGGGCGUGGCUUUCCGCGGGAAGGAGCUGUGUGAAUGCAGGCUGGGCAGCAACGUUCUAUUCCCAGAAUCCCUUGCUCCCCUCUACUUGGCAUGACUGAGGGGCAAUAGGAUACUGUGUACAUACCGGCUGUCAGGGUAAGUGACUGAAUUGUGACCUAUGGGGACAUGUACAUAGUCUCCCCCCAUACUAUCCAUACAUUGAGCUACAGAUAUUGCUAGCCAAUGUAUAGAUUUCCAUAAACCCCUCCCCCCCCAGCCCGUUCAGAUGAUCGGCAUAGGCUGUAUGCCGAUGCUUGAUAGCCAGAGAUCACGCCCACAGGCUGACCUCUUGCUUGGCUUCAAUUCUGGCAACUGCGCAUGCGUAAAGAGCGCAUCGUCUCCCGGCGUCCAUUUUAACUGCUGGCAGCGGGCUGGUGUUGCCAGUAGUAAGCGUGUAUUGCGCGCUUAGUAUAAAAGAAGAAAGGAAGUAGACAUAUAGUGUAGUCCUGCUCAAUGCAUUGUUCCUAUCUCCAAUAUAAUUAUUUGGACAAGUUAUAAGUAAGUGUUAAAUGGGUUUUUAAUGAAUUGUCCUUUUAAGCAUUCCAUUUCCAGAGUUGUCUUGAAAAUAUGUAAUGUAUUCAUGUUUAUCAAUGCAUUUGGAUACAUAUCUGUCACUCUGGUUAAUUUUGUGCUUUAAAAAAAAAACAAAUUUAAUUUUUUUUUUAUCUUCCUAUAUUUUCCCAUUGUCCAAAAUACAUUUGCCUCUUUUGAUUACUGGAGUUUGCAAGACACCUGCCAUUCACAUAUAAUGCAUUUGGCAUUUAUAUAAAUGUCUUUUUAUGUAUGUAUAUGUGUAAAAUUAAAGAAAAACAUUUUUAGAAAUGCUUUGACCCCCAAUAAUGGAAACAAUACAACCGACCACCACACCAAGACACAAGAGGACUACAAAUACAACGAAUGUAAAAUAUUAAUGACUUCUAUAUAAACAAUCCGAUUGUCUUUUCUCACCAUGUAUGUUUCCACCUUAUUGCCUGAUGCUGAAUUGUCCAUACAGAUAAGCCACUGGAAAUUUGUAACACGUCAUCAAGCAUUUUUACUGUCUAAGCUGACCAUUGUUGGUCAAUGAAAGUAAUUCUAUGCAAAAAAAAUAAUUGCACAGAAUUGAUUCUAGUUCCAGGCUGGCCGGUGACACUCCAGUUAGACCUCCAGCAACUCCUAAGGUGCCGUGAUUCAAAUGCUGCACAUAAAGACUCUAGGCACCAUGACCACUUCAAAUUACUGGAGUGGUCACGGUGUUUGGAGUUCUCUUUUAAAUGUAUGUCGAUAUAUAUUUUCACAAAUAUGAUGUCCAUAAUCCAAAUGUAUAGACCACUGGCCUCACCCCUGCUGGAUUGUCUAAUUUUAUCAAGGGAUCACACCUACACAUUUGUUUUAUGUGCUUAUUUAAUCUAUAUAUAUAUAUAUAUAUAUAUUAUUAUUUUUUUUUUUUCUAAACAAUUGCAGAAUGUUUUUCCAUAUUACCAUAAAACAGGGUACUACUGUUCUAUUCAACAUAGGUGUUUGCAGUGGUUCUAAUGUUUGGAGUAACCAGUUAAAUUGGUUCAAUGCUAUACACUCAGGCCUACUAUAUUUCACAGUGGCUGCAAUUACUUCUUGCUAUUUCUAUAGUGGAUAAUAUUUCCAUUCACCGGCAUAAAUAUUUUUUUUUGCAAUUUACAUUUUUUCUUUAUUUUCCAAAUUAUUUCCAGUAAGGAAGAGUAACAAAAAGCAAGGGGAUACAGAAAGAAAAAAAAAGGGCAUAAAUAUUAUGGGGCAGUAUUGUGAAAAGACUGCAGUGUGUGUUUUCCUUUAACAUGCUAUAACAUCAUUCUUUUUCUCUUUAAAAGACUAAUUGAUACUUAUCUGUCUACGAACUGUGACUAGUACGUACGACCUCUACAACAUUGCUUCUUACAACUGCCUACACUAAGACAGCAUUGAUCUAUAAAUAUACAAAUUCACUCUACUAACUUUUCAAAAUCAUCCUACAUCUUUUAUACUUACAAAAAUAUAGACUCAUGCAUUGUUAUUAACAAAUGUUAGCAGACAUAAUCAGACAGAAAGUCCAUAAUGCAUUUGUAUAUGUUCUCUCCUUGUGGACAUUCUAUUGAUAGGUCCUUUGUCAUGUCAUUGAAAAGAUCACAUGCUGUAUCUGCCAGAUUUCAAUUUAUAAGCUGAAAUUAUAUCAUUUUUUUUCUCCACAUUCCUAGUUGAAAAAUAAAUAUAUUGGUUCCACAAUUAUAAAUGUCUUAUUACUCAACAUGUGUUGUAUAUAAAAUUACAAAAUGUAUUUAUUUUUUACAUUCUGUAUCCAAUAAUUUUAAUUAACUUCCAGGAGACAUUCAUUUUGAUGUUAUUUUUGCUUAAGACAAUUUUAAUUAUACUAUUAGAAAAAUGAAAACAAAAAUUCAUGUUUUAUCAUUAUUAUUAUUAUUAUUAUUAUUAUUUUUGUCACACAGGAAAUAUUUGAAAUGCCGAAGUGUUUGAUAAAAGGCUGUCCUUCCAAAACCGGAGGUCAAACGGAUGCCUUUCUUCAUAUGUUUCCACGAAACAUUAAACGUAUAACAGAAUGGUUGCAGAGAACUGGCCAUAAACUGGAAGAUCUUCCCGGUUUUGCCGAAAAAGUUCUUGAAGACAAAAAGGGAUACAAGUACAGAAUUUGUUCUACACAUUUUCCUGAGACAGUAUAUACAAUGAAAGGAAGCCGUAAAUGCCUGACGGAAUUUGCUAUUCCAGAACUGAAUCUUGAAAUUCAGUCUAAUGUUAAAGAACGUAUUUUCUCCAGUAGAAGAAAAAGACCAAAAAUAAAUGGCUCAGAAGCCCAAACCUCAACAACUACUAUUAUGGUGGAUCGUGGCAUGAACACAGAGCAAUUGGAAACCCGAAAUGUGAGCACCGAGACCGAUGACCAAUUAGGUGUUGAUCAAAGUUCAAAUUUUACCCUCAUCAAACAUAUAAAAAUAGAAAGCAAUGAUGAUUACAUGGUUGAAGGUUUCAAACGUGGUGCACCAUUGGUAUGUACGACUCAUCCUGCAGAAGAAGCCUCACAGUUUAAAGGGUUUAUUAUCAAAUCUGAAAACGAAGAUGAAGAGCAAAGUCAAAAUUUUAUCCCCAUCAAACAUAUAAAACAAGAAAGCAAUGAUGAAGAUUACAUGGUUGAAGGUUUCCAUCAUGUUGCACCAUUGGUAUGUACGAUUCGUCCUUCAGAAGAAGCCUCACAGUUUGAAAAGUUUAUCAAGACUGAAAAAGAAGAUGAAGACCAAAGUCAAAAUUUAACCUCCAUCAAACACGUAAAACAAGAAGAAAAUUAUGAAGAUUACAUGGUUGAAGAUGUCAAACGCGUUGCACCAUUAGCAUGUAUGUCUGAUCCUGCAAAAGAAACAUCACUACUCAAAGAGCCUACUAUAAAGUCUGAAAAAGAAGGCAAAUAUUUUAAUCCUGAUGCUCCCAGUGAAUAUGAAGAAACGUAUGUAAGUGGAGUUUCUGUCUGAAAUUGACAUUGUCGAGGUUCAUAAAUUUAUUGUUUUUGGGUCAUGCGUUGACACUAUUUUAUUAACUAUUUGUGUGGUGCUCAAGUUGUUGUUAUGUCAAAGGUCGAAGAACAUUCAUUAUUUGGUAUUUAGCUCCAACACAUUCUGCAUUACUGUACAUCAGAGCAAAUAAAGACAAAUAAUAAAUACAUACAGGAUAUCUAGAAAAUUAUUUAAAAAGACCAUAUAGUGUAAUAAAGCAAUCGGACUUUUAAAUAGUGAAAAUAGUGACAAAAAUGCAUGAGUAUACAGGCACAUAAAGCAAAGGUGUCCUCUCUUCAGUAAAAUCCUCUUGGUAGGCAGGAGUACAUGUAAUAAAAACUAUAGCACAGUGCUGCUAAAAUAAUUAAAAUCACUGCUUUAAUUAUAUUACACUUACAAGAAGUGAAAGGUAUAAAAGCCUAUCAGCAAAGAUCCGUAGAGUAACAGGAUGCCAGGGAUUCUUUAACCUCCUCGGGAUACAUGUAACAAGAUACAAACGUAUUUAAGAUAAUAGACCGUACAGCAUCUGGUAUUGUAAGGCCCUACGCAUUUCGUCUUUACCAGCAAGACUUCCUCAGGGGCACACAUAUGCAGCAUAAUACAAAACCUAGGACACACAUAAUAUAUACGCAAUCUAGUCCCCACUUAGAUCGCCAAUCGGCCAAUCCAAAAAUCGUUGGUUCACCUGUCCUGGUUGGUGAAGAAUUAAUACUCGCGCCAGUAAGUUCCGUCAUCCGGAUUCGGUGGAACGCAUAUUCCACUUACGUCAUUUUCUUUCCCGGCUCGGUGGAACGCACUGCGUGUUCGCCAUUUCCUCCGUAUGUGCGAAUCUCAUGGAACACUCCUGUACCUUCCCAUUUAGGUGCUAUGUCAGUACUAGUGCUUCGGAUCUACUAAAGUUGUAUCUAUACAUGUGUCAGAUCAGCGAGUGUAUGUCAGUGAGUGUGCGUCUGUUUAGGUGACCGGCCCCCCUCCAAUAGCAUUGGGAAAGGUGUUUUUACUCAUCUUUUUCCCACACAUGCUGGUCUCGCUGCGGCUGUUCCUGUCUCCAUGCCUGAGAUAAUCAAUGUUGAUGAUCUCAGCCAAGUCAAUGCUUUCCCAUAUGAAAGCAUUGGGAGGCUACUGCGCAUGCACUAAUCAGCAUCUCCUCAUAGAGGUGCAUCUCUAUGGGAAAUGUACAGCACUUCCAUGCAGACCAUUGAGAUGCUGAAUGUAGGUGAUUCACACUGUGCAGCACUAGACUAGGAAUCACCUACAGUGAGCAGAUGAGUGACUGUCACUAGAGGUGUAUCCAGGCAGCAAUGUAAACUCUGCCUUUUCUCUGAAAAGCUUGCAUUGGCAGACUAGAGAUACCAGAACCACUACAUUAAGCUGUAAUGGUUCUGGUGACUAUUGUGCCCCUUUUAGAAUUGUAUUUCUGUCGUUGAAAAUAAAUAUUUAUUUAAAAAAAAAAAAAAAACUGUCUCCUUACUUUUUUUAGCUGGCUCCAAGAUACCUAGCACAUUUGUCACGCGCUGGUUUAGUGUAUUCAAAGCUGCCCUUGGUUAACCUCAGAUUUUGCUUGGAGCUGAUGUUAAAAUGCAGGUUAUUGCUGCACAUGGAAACGUAGUCUGAGGCUUGUGGAAAAUAAAAAAAAAUUUACUCCAUGAACGGUGUCAGUCCUGAACAUGUUGUACGACAUUUACAAAUGGGCUUAUGGUGAGCAUUAUCGUAUAUGUGCUUAUUGAGAUCUGACCUCAGAGGGAAAAAAAAGUUAAUUGCAACAGCUGUCCUUAUCAAAAUUCCUGGUGCAGUGGUCUUUUAGUUUGAACAUUUUUUUUAUUUAUUUUUUUAUAGAAACUGCAGUGUUUACAUUGGGGUGUUAAACAGACCACUAGUGGCUGUCCAGUGCUUCCAUUAGGGAUAGACCGAUUAUCAGUUUGGCCAAUAUUAUCGGACUAUAUUCUGAAUUUUUGGCAAUAUCGGUAUUUGCCUACAAAAGAUACCGAUUAUGCAGACCAUGACCGCCAGGCCCAUGACAACCGAGACGGCAGACCUGGAGGGCCUGCAGAAAGCUCUUACAUUCCCAGCAGCUCCCUUUAGCUCCACUGUCUAAAUCUUGCAAGUCCCACGGCCAUCAGGGCGUUGCCACAGGUUACCAUGGCAACGCUCCACGCGGAAUGCAGGCCACAAGAGUUAGACAGGGGAGCUGAAGGGAGCUGCAGAGAAGGAAAGUAAGAGCUUUCUGCGGGCCCUUCACUGCACAGUCCUUGCCACCACCCACCAGGGAAUGCCAUAUCCCCCCUCCCUGGCCAGGUAAGAAACAGAGAGGGGGGACUAAAACAAAAGGUUUAAAGAUUAACUAUCUUUAAAAAAAUAAAUAAAUGCCCCCUCCCAUUUUACACACAUUACAUACCUACACAAACACACGCACACUCUGCACUCAUUAUAUAUACACACUGCAUUUACUAUACUCACACUACACAAACACACACACUCUGUAUUCAUUAUAUAUACUGUGAUAAGGUGAAUGGGGUGGUCUGUGAGGGAGUUUAUAUUUCGACUGAAUUGUUCAGAGAGGCAUAUGAUUUUUAACCCCAGGGGGAGUGUGUGUGUCUGUAUGUAUAUAACUGAAAUGAAUAUUUAGCUAUGGGCCCCCGAGGGUGGAGCAUUUGGAGAGCAGGGUGGGCCAGUGCUCCACUCCACAGUUUAGCGGUUUUCUUGGGAGACAUAGAUCCAGGCCAGGGUUUUUUGGACUGUCUCCAACCCACUGCUCAGCUGCAGGUAAUCAGCUGCAGCAGUGGGAAUAAACCCCUCCCUGCUCGGCAGGUAAGGGGAGAAUGUUUGUUUGUUUCUCUCUUGAAGAGCUGGAAGCAGCAGGCUGACUAAACACUGGAGUGCUGAGAGCUGACAAAGACACUAGGUUGGUGAAACCAGUAUUAUUUUGUUAUAGUUUAACCCCUGAGAGAUAGGGAAUCUGAAGUUAGUUAGUGCUCAGACGAGCUAGGCUUUUGUUUCUAGGGAUUUUGUUACAUUAUUGUUUUUUUCAUUUACUGCUGUCUCCUGUGUGGAUUUACAAAUAAAGUGCCUGGAAUUAAUUUACUUUUAAAGACUGUGCAUGUUUGUACCCAAAAGGACUGUGCUAACUGCAGACAAGGAUCGCAAUACAAACACACUGCAUUCACUUUACACACACUGCAUUCACUUUACACACACACUACAUUCACUAUACACACUACACAAACACACACACUCUGCAUUCAUUAUAUACACUCUACACAAACACACUGCAUUCACUUUACACACUACACAAACACACUCUGCAUUCAUUAUAUAGACUCUACACAAACACACUGCCUUCACUUUAUACACUACACAAACACACACACACUGCAUUCAUUAUAUAUACACUGCAUUCACUAUACACACACUCUGCAUUCAUUAUGCAUUCACUAUAUACACACUGCAUUCACUUUACACACACACACACACACACACCACAUUCACUAUACACACUACACACACACACACUCUGCUUUCAUUAUAUACACUCUACACAAACACACUGCAUUCACUCUAUACACACACUGCAUUCACUUUACACACUACACAAACACACACACUGCAUCCACUACACAUACACACACACUGCAUUCACUAAUCAAAUAAUAUCACUGCAUCCACUGCGCACACACACAUAUUCUUGAAAACCUAACUUCUGACUGGCAUGUGUAUUUUGUGCAUUUACCUUAAUAAAAAAAAGAUUUGCAAAAAAAAUUACAAAUAAUAAACAUGUUUAGUUAACAGUAGAUUUGUGCAGAAAUAGUUGAAUUUUUCAAAACGAUAAAUGUACAGAGUAUCGGUAAGUUAUCGGCUAUCAGCCCGAAUGUUCACAGAUUAUCGGUAUCGGCUCUAAAAAAAUCAAUAUCGGUCGAUCCCUAGCUUCCACAACACUGACAGAGUAAAAAUCAGUCACGAGGUGUGGAACGCCAUAGGGAAGCAUAGAUACGAUGCUUUCCUGAAGCUUGGCUGCUUGUGCGGUCCUUGCUGCCCAUGCGCACCAGGUUCUUAAUGCUCCUCUAUGAGGAGCUUUGGAUUAGACCAUCCUGGAGGAGGCCGUACCUACUCUAUCAUGUUGUGGGGAUACAGAGAGGUAAGCAGUACUGAGCGAGUGAGCCUGGGCUCUGGAAAAAGGCGAUUCAAAUAAAACUUCUGUUUUAUUUUUUGCACAUACGGGAGGGACUUAUCUAUGGACAGGUUUAUCUUCCUAAUGCUUUAGUGUUCCUUUAAAAGUAAUCAACUUCCCAAGGAUGUCGACUGCCAGGCAAACUUUUGCCAAACAUGAGAUAUUCAGACAUUCCAUAGCCACAUGCUAAAAUAUCAUAUAAAGCAAAUUAAUUUUGGUAUCAAUGCCAUUUAUGCAAAAAUGGUGUUAGCUGAUUUAGUAGGGGGACCCUAUGAACCAAUGUCAAACUCCCAUGUUGAAGAAUUGUUGGUCAGGCAAUCAGGGCAAAUGAUGGAUUAUUGAUAACUGACUGGCAUUCGUUGUCUGAAGCAGUACCACACAAUAUUGUUUAAGAAAAUUGGAUAAAAUGACACGUACAUCAUGUAUUUGCCUCUGUUGCAGGAAUAGGCAACCUUCAGCAUUCCAGAUGUUGUGGACUACAUCUCCCCUGAUGCUUUGCCAGCAUUAUGGCUAUAAGAUAUAAGUCCAAAACAUGAGGUGUAGUCCAAAACAUCUGGAGUGCCGAAUGUUGCCUUUCCAUGCUCUAGUGACUAAAAUGUUGCUAAAUUUGUGGCAUGGAUAUGACCACAUAGCAUUUGGCCAACUGAUCUUGGAGUUGACUGCAUUUUUUGUUUUGUUUGUGUUCUCUCUUCUCAUGUCUUUUGCCCAUUGGACAGUGUUUUGUCCUGUGCACAUUUGCGGUAGACGAGGUAGCAAGUUGUCCAUAGCCCUACCUGCUAAAGGUAGGUUGCAACUUGCGGGCUGCCUCUCAUUCAGUGCCUGUGAAGGCUGUGGAGACAUCAGCCUCUUUGGUUUUAUCACGGUUGUGCGCCUGUUCGGUAUUGAGCCAUUUGACCAAUGUUAUGGCAUAGAACCGGCCACUUAGUAUUAGGACGACUGAUCUUGGAGUUGGCUUGUUGGCCACAUUUUUGUUUUGUUUGUGUUAUUCCAAAGGUUGUGGAGAUGUCAGUCUCUGCAACGUUAUCACUCUUUUAUCUAAAGUCAUUGCUCUUUAACUGUUAAAUAUUUGUUUUUGUUUUUCCAAAUUGUUGUUAGCAUUUAUGUUAUUGUGUGUUCUUUUUUCCAGAAGUCGGUUGCCUUCAGCACUUGAGACUAAGUGCAGCACAAGUACCUGUACAGAGGUGAAUAUCAAUCAAUCAAUCUGUAAAACACGGUAACAUUAUUUUGCAAACAUAGUCAACCAUUAUAGUUUUUAUGUAUUAAUUAGUUUUUAUCCAGAAAUGUAAGAUUUUAUUUGGAGCAAAAGAUUUAAAAAAAAAAAAAAACAACUCAAAUGGGAAUUUUUUUUAAUUAUUGAAAAUACUAAAUAUAGUCUAUCAAGUAAUUAUUAGUAUGAACAAACCUUUUUUCCCCCUGUUGUGUAUAUGGAGGGCUUGUACAGAGCACAUGUUAUAUAAUUAUUUAUUUGUAAAAAAAAAAAAAUGUAAAUUGGAGAUUAAACAGAAGGAGAAUGGUGUUUCACAUGAGUCCAGCAUUGACAGUGUCCCAUUAAUUAAUCUAUGUAUUGUUUUAUAUAAUGUGUUAUGGUGUGACUAAUUUGUGUAGUAACAAUACAAUUUUAUUUCUUUUCCAUGAAUCCUGCUCAUUUAUCCAUAAUACAUCAUGAAAACAGGCUUACAGAUCCUCGUCUUAGACAAUCCCAUGCUUGGAGUCACCAGGUUGUGAUAUUCCAAAACAGACUUUGCUGGAUCAUAUACAGUUUACGGUUUUGUGUCACCAUAUGGAUAUUAAUGUUUACAUUUUUUUGUUCAUUGACAUUCAUUUCAUCUCUGUUUUCUAAAACAUUACAAUUUACUUUAGGGUUUGCUUUACUUUGAAAUAGUGUGUGUGUACGUGCUUUCACAGUGAGCACCACAAAUAGUACAAUAUGCUGUAAUGGUAGAAGAGAUUCAAAACUUGCUGUAAUGUAACUUUUUAAAAAAAUAAAUAAGUGAAUUGAUACAUAUUUAUACAGAAAAUACACAGUGGACCAAAAUUGGACUUACUUAAAUAUAACUUAUUUGUUAGUAGUUCAGAUUUUUUUGUUACAGGUACAUAUAACAGUCUUGGGAGAGUGGUCAUGGGUAAUUUCACAAAGAACAACAAGUACAAAUACUGGAAUUUUUUUAUUUUAAAUUCUUUAUUUUUUAGUGCAUAAAGGAAAAGCAGUAACGAGUGCGUUUGCCAUGCCCCAAAGGCAUGUACAUACGAUUGAACAGUUAACAUUGAGUUGUUAAGGCAUGGCAUGGAAUCACAAUGCACCAUUUUUAUAUACUGGUAUGAAGACCAUUUUGAGCCUGCGUGGUUAUAAGUUAUGUGUAGAUAUGCGAUAUGCGUCUCAUUAUGCAAGUCGGUUUAGCGGUACACAUAGGCUACACAUUUAGACUGCGUGUAAAACAGGAUGCCGUUAAAUCAAGCUGGUCAGCUCUUAAUAAGCAUUAGGCCACCCCUAGUGAGAGUGAACAUAAUAGGUUGAACUGUUGUGUCCUCGGUGUGUUCUUUAGCGCAACUGUGCUAGUGUCAGUGGCUGGCUACAUGGGGGUGGGCGCUAUGCAGGGAGUGAAUGGGCGCUUCGGCUAGCGAUAGGGUAUUAUGCGUUCUGUGUGAACUAGUAGGUGGCGGUGGAGGCCUUGUGGAUAAAGCCCAGUUUAGCUUGGCCACCACGUGAGUCUGGACAAUUUGCAGUCCGUUAAAAGCAAACAUCAGUCCGGUGUUUCAGGUGUUAAACUAAAGGGUAUAGGGUGUCAGUAUACCACAAGAGACCAUAUUUUGGCACUUUGAAACUAAUGAAAAAAUUAGGUUUUUCAAGAGUCAGUAAACUUCAGUACAGUAAACGGAACCUGCAACAACCGCAUGUGGUUAGAGUUUUGUAAUUGGCGCAGGGCUCUCCGUAGUGGCCAAUGGUUUAAGUUCAAGUGGUGACAGCUCUUUAGGAGUCUCCGCGGCACGAAUGGUGUUGUGCCUGAUGGGUCUCAGGUGUGCGCCGUGGCAGUGGUCCCCGACCCCCUACCAGUGAGUGUGUCUUGUGGGAGGCCUAGUGUCUCUGAUAUGGCCGCUGCUCCUUCCAGAUCUUGGACUCUGUAGGCGCUACCGUUCUGCAGGACCAUCAGGGUGCGAGAUCCCUUAGGAUGUAGGAGAUGUCCCGAGCAUGAAGCUGUGCUGUAAAGGGCUGUUGAGUCAUGUGCCAUCCCAGUGUACUUCCUGACAAGUCAGCGAAGAAGGUCAGCGUUGAGUUUUCAAAGGUGUAUGGGGUUUUCCACUUAAACGCCACCAGUACCGCUGCCUUAUCUUGCCUUGUUUGGAAGCGCAUAAUCAGGUCUCUUGGGGCCGAGGUGGGUGCCCUGGCAUGUCUUGGGAUUCGAAACAGUUCCUCCAUCACCACUGUUUUGGCUUGUUUGGUUGAGACUAUCGCCGUAAGGAACCGUUGUGCGAAAUGCGGUUGUUCCGCGUCUGGGACCGCUUCAGCCAGCCCCCUAAUCUUGAGGUUCCUACUGCGUCUGGAAUCCUCCAUUGCAGCGAGCCUCUGUUCUGUGGCAGUGUUCGGACGUUGGAGAGUGUGGAUCUCUUGCUGCACGUGGAGGAGUUGUGCCUUAGAGUCAUGAGCGUCCUUUUCCAGGGUUCCCAUGCGGCCAGUUAGGCCUUGCAGGUCUUUGUGGAGUGCGGCCAUGUCCCCCUGGAGAUCCCUCUGUAGGCCCGCCAGCAUCUCCUGCAUAUUGGCUUUGGUCAAUAGUGUGGCGUCCGGUUUGGGAGCUGUAUAAAUUGGGUUCGGGUUUAGCGCACGCUGGGCGGGUAAGUGGAGUUCCUCAGGCUCCAUGGUGGGGUCGUCUGAGAAAUCAGAGCUCUCACCUAGGUAGUCGGCCAUUUUGGGCAUUGGAGCGCCAAGUGCCUGCCGCCAUAAGUCCCUGAUGCUGGUGCCCAGUUUCGAUUUGCCCUGUUUUUGUUUUUUUAAUUUUUCGACCCAUGUCGAUGUGGGUUGCCUGGGGGUCCAGGUGUGGUCGAUUUUAUUUGGGGCAUAGGUUAGUAAAAGUGCAGUAAAUAGGUGUCUGGUCAUGGAGCACGGCUUGCAUGCAACUGUUCGGCUCAGUAGCUUGGCUCUGCCCCCGAAAAUAGUGGAAUUUUAUUGGUGUGAGAUACUGGAAUAUGAUUUGGAAAAAAAAAUGUUUACGUCCUGUAGUGAAAAAUCGUCUUGAAAUGUGGUUUUAACACAUUUCAGCUUCCGAUUUCUGCCUGUGGGGAUAUAUGAAGGAACGGGUGUACGUGAACAAAUCAUCUACACCUGAGCACCUCAAUGAAAAUAUACAUGCAGAAAUUAGAGCCUCAAACAUUAACUAAUGUCAUGAACAAUGAAAUCGAAAGAGACUGACUUUGCGAGGCACCAAAUGGAGCUCAUUUAAAAGAUGUCAUCUUCCGUACCUAGUCAAACAAAUCUCUAUACUUUAAGCAUUCAUUGUAUGUAAUAUCAUUGAAAUUGGUUCAUUAAUUAAUAAAAAUAUUGACUUCUCAAACCAUACUCUGAAUUUUGGCAAACCAUUUAUACAAUGAAGAAAAUUAUAAACGCAACACUUUUGUUUUUGCCCCCAUUUUUCAUGAGCUGAACUCUAAGAUCUAAGACAUUUUCUAUGUACACAAAAGGCCUAUUUCUCUCAAAUAUUGUUCACAAAUCUGUGUUAGUGAGCUCUUCUUUGCAGAGAUACAGUGUCAUGAUUUGUUUUACAAAAAUAAAGCCAAAAUGGAGAAUCCAUGUACACCCUUACUGCUUCCAUAGGAAUUAAGAGGCUACGUAGCAGACAGGUGCUGCUAAUCAACUGUUCUUAAUUAAUUGAUCAUCAGCAAGUGUGACCGCCUUUUUAAAAGCCAAAGUUCUAGCAGUUUGCUUGUCUGAAGCAUUUAGGUGUCAAGGAGGAAAGGCAUCAGCAAUAAUCUUACAGAAGUAACUGUUGUUGCUCAUCAAACUUGGAAGGGUUGUAAGGCCAUUUCCAAACAAUUUAAAGUUUGUCAUUCUACAAUGAGAAAGAUUAUUCAAAAUUGUAAAACAUACAAGACAAUUGCCAAUCUUCCCAGGAAUGGACGUCCCAGCAAAUUCACCCCAAAUGUCAGACCCUGCAAAGCUCAGACAAAUUGCAAAAAACCUAAUAGUUACAUCUCAGACUUUGCAGGCCAUAUCAUGUUAAAGGACCCAGACCACUUCAGCUUAAUGAAGUGGUCUGGGUGCCAGGUCCAGCUAGGAUUAACCCUUUUUUCUGUAAACAUAGCAGGUUCAAGACCAUAAAAUUCAAAAAAGACUGGAUUUUCGAAAGGGUUGCCAGGAGAAGACCUAUUCUCUCUAAAAAGAACAUGGCAGCACAGCAUAGGUUUGCAAACUUGCAUCUGAACAAACCACAAGACUUCUGGAACAAUGUCCAUUGGACAGAUGAGACCACGUUUGGUGAAACCCAAUAUAUCAGCACAAACAUCUCAAACCAAGUGUCAAGCACAGUGGUGGAAAGGGCUUGUUUUGUAACUACAGGACCUGGGAACCUUGCAGUCAUUGAGUUGAUCAUGAACUCCUUUGUAUACCAAAGUAUUCUAGAGUCAAAUGUGAGGCCAUCAGUCCGACAGCUCAAGCCUGGCCAAAAUUGGGUCAUGUAACAGGACAAUGAUCCCAAGCACACCAGCAAACCUACAACAGAAUGGGUAAAACCAAAAAGAAUCAUGGUAUUGCAAUGACCCUGUCAAAGUCCAGACCUCAAUGAAAUGCUGUUGUGGACUUUAAAGGGAUUCUCUAGUGCCAGGAAAUCAAAACCGUUUUCCUACAGAAUCCUGGAGUGCCCCCCUCCCUCCCGCGCCCCAUCCCACGUCACUGAAGGGGUUAAAACCCCUUCGGACACGUACCUGAAUCCAGUGCCGGGAAUCCCUCGGUGCUGGGUCAGGCUCCUUCCCGCCAACGUAUGCCGGCGGGGGUGACCUAAUGCGCAUCCGCGGCAAUGGCCACGCGCACGCAUUAGACCUCCCCAUAGGAAAGCAUUAUUUAAUGCUUUCCUAUGGGGCUUCUGGCGACGCCAUAGGUCCUCAUGCAUAGCGCGAGGCCGUCCACUAGAGCAGGACUUAACCCUGACAGGUAAUUAUUGCAGUUUAUAAAAACUGCACUAAUUACACUUGCAGGGUUAUGGGUGAUGGGAGUUGGCACCCCAUCUGGGUGCCUACACUGUCGCUUUAAGAAAGCUGUCCAUAAACAAAUGCCAGCAAACCUCCAUGAACUGAAGCAACAUUGUAAAGUAGAUUGUGACAAAUUUCCUUCACAAUGAUGUGAGAAAAUGAUACAAGCUAUUGAAUCAUAAGGUUUACUUAGUUUUUCACACAUGAAUUCUCCAUUUUGGCUUUAUUUUUGUUAAAUCAUGACACAGUGUAAUAUGUAAUGAGUUAUUCAUCUGAGGUUAUAUUUACCUAAUUUUAAGACCUGCUAAGGAACAGAUUGAUUAUGUCCUGAUAUGUAAAACCAUAUAAUUCAAAGAUGGUGUACUUUCUUUUUCCC